GUCCUCGCAACUAUCGAAAUGGAGCUGUUUGCCGGGUUUAACGCCGAGGAGCUGGCGAUGAUGCAAGAGUUGCUGAGACUUUUGCUGGAAGAUGACGACGCGCUGACUCAGCAGCCGACGCCGCGUACGAGUGCUCGACAGGACAGCCAGGCUCUGUUUGAUGGACUAGCUGGUGGAAUGGCGGUGAAUGGUUUUGGUGACUAUCAGAGGGGAGUGGGCGCUCCGAACGGCAUGGCCUGGAAUGCGCCGCCGGCCAUGAUGGCCCCCACGCCUCAAUACGCUGUCAAAAUGUCUAGAACUCGCACGAGGAGCAACUUUGAAAGUGAGGACGAACCACUGCUCAAACGCGGACGCGUGGAUAUGGCACCGACGAUGCGAACGCAAAUGAACUAUGUUCCGGUCCCUGAUGGUUCGCGUGCGGGAUAUCCUUACUAUUAGAGCAGCUCUUUCGAGUUUUACACCGGUGUAGUGCGGAUCGAACGCACGACACGAGCUCGGAUGCAGAAGCAGACAGCU